AUGGCGGACCAGAACGACAUCUACCUGGACCCAGGAUCUUUAGAGAUGCCAACUCAAAGAGCCAUCACGGAACGAGCUGGUAGAAGCUUUAAAGAAGUCCUGUCAAAAACGCUAAUGGAAGCAGGUUGCUCAUCUUGGGACGAGUGGCACCUCAUCGUGGACGAGGUCAACGCUACCAUGAACCGCCUGUCCAACAAAUCCGGCUUCAGCCCCAUUCAACGGAUGCUUGGUUACAGUCCCAGACUUCCAGGAGGCAUCUUUCAAGGAGGUGAAGGUAGCAUUGGAGUGAUGUCCCGUUAUCACGCAGGUGAUGCACAAGUUCAACGAUCCACAGACAUUCGAACCCAAGCCGCUGUUGCAUUCCAUCAAGUCGAGUGCGAACAAGCCUUGAAACACUCGGUCUAUGCAGGCCCCAAACGGUUCUACGACUAUGAGGUGGGUCAAACGGUCUACUUCUGGAGAAAGGGAAUGGAACGACAGAAGAAGGACUCUCCAGCCUUUUGGCAUGGGCCUGGCAAGGUCAUCCUCACGGACCUCCCGAACACAAUAUGGGUCAGCUAUAGAGGAACUCUCGUGAAAGCAGCUCCCGAGCACCUUCGUCCCAUAACCAAUGACGAAAAGUUCCAGUUCAUGGACUUCUUGACCGACAUUGUCAACACCCAGAAGGAGAUCCAGAACCACAAGAUUAGAAACUAUAUCAUCCUCGACGAGAAGCCCCCGGCCAUCGAGAAUGCACCCUUACCAGAACAAGAAGAAGAUCGUGAUCGACCUGACGGAGAGGAACCACCACCACCAAAGAAACCUCGAUACCGAAUUGAAGGAAAAACAGCAGAGACCGAGGUCGAGUUCAAACCGGAAGAAAGGGAACCAGCCGUGGAGGGAGACCUCGACCAUCCGGAACCUAUGUCUACGUCGCCCAGAAUGGAUGACUACACACCUACCGAACCAGGUGACCAAGAUCCCCACGAAGAGCGUGAGAGAAGGAUGAUUGAAGAUGAGGACAACCGCAAGCCCCCGGAGAGACCCACGUCACCACGGUCUACUCCAGUGAUCCGGGAGAGAGAUCUAGAAACCUCUGACCACAAGCAGGACAUCACGAUUGCUGGUUGGAAGAGCUAUAAGCUCAAACGCUGCACAGUGAAUACCCUGUCGGCAGAGUGCCAAUCGAUGCUUCAGGGCAUCGGCAACCUCCACUGGCAUCGCUUCUUGCUGGCCGAGCUGUUCGAUGUCAAUCUUCAGAUUGAUAAAUGGGAGUCACAGCUGGCCAGCUUUCCUUUUGUUGCAGCCACAGACUCAAAGUCCCUCUACGACACGAUGACCAAGUGUCGCAACACCUCAGCACACAUAGAUGACAAGCGCACUGGCAUCGACCUCACCAUCCUCAAGAGUGACUUGGCACAUUCAUCGGGUCAGGUGGGAGAGACCGCGCACAUCUUGUCGAUCGCCACCGAAUAUCGACAAGAGGCAGUCAUCCUCCAGAGAACGGCAAAGCUUCUGGGAUACAGGUUUCAGUUCUGCGGCUUCCGAGAAAGAUGGGCCGGAUGGUUCACCAAGCUGGUUCAAUAUCAGAAGGAGCUCCAAGCUGGUCUGGCCUCCGGCCGCAUCGCGCAGACGGAUCCGGUGCUACUGAUUGAUGGCUGGGAUUGCGUGCUGGUGGGCCCCGCCAGCGAGUUUAUCGCCAAGAUGUCAGCAGCACCCUUCUCGACCUCACAGCCCUGGUAUGCAGGCGAACGGAUCUGCGGCCCGGACUUCUUCAAGGCCAAUCGGAUCGAUGCCGUGUACCCCGACCCGGGCACACCCUGGCGCUAUCCCAACGCAGGCUGCAUGACCGGAAGGGCGGAACCCGUCCUGGAGCUCAUCGAUGAGCUAUUGGCGGGCGCCGGUGAUGGAGAGACCUUGCCAGAAGAUGGGGACGAUCAGGGCAGGCUGCACGAGCAUCUGCUGGAGCUCGGCGAACGAGGAGACCGGCUUCCGUACUUCGUGGACUCCACGUGCCGCAUCUUCCAGUGUCUCUACGAAGCCGAAGCCCAGUGGACACUGGAAGAUGCACGCCCGGGGGAGUUACUUCCUCGGCUGCGUAACCGGCAGACAGGUGAGGAGCCGAUCGUCUUGCACGGCAACGGCCACACGGGACGUUGGUUCAUGUCCAACCUUUGGAGAGAGAUGGAUUUUCUUCGAAGAGUGGGCCUCACCACGGAGGAACUGGCCCAUCUUCCGUAUGACGGGCCGGUGGCGCCGGGCACCGUGCCGGAUGAGGUCGAUGUAGAGCGAAUUGACCCAGCCGACCCAGCUGGUCAGUUCCGCAUGACCAACACCGAGCUGAAGCUCAAGCGGGAACGCAUGAUGGAGGCCUUCAUUGCGGGAAAGGAAGCCCUAGAGGAGCUUCGCUUGCCCUACUUCCUCGCCUAUGGCUCUGCCAUGGCGGCUCUCCGCGAGGGCCAGUUCCAGCCGUACGAAGACGACAUUCACGUCGGAAUCUAUUCCUGGGACCUGGCGGCUCUCCAACGUCAGUGCACUGAAUGCACUGCCAGGGAGCGAGAUAGUUUAUUGACCAACACCUUCGACAGGUUUGGCUUUGAGCCCGUCCAGGAGAUCACUGAGAAUCCUGCACAGGCUGGAGCUGAGGGGAAGCCCAACCAGGCGACUCUGGUGUGCCCGCGCUACUACAUUGCAGAGGGCUGGUCCGAUGAAAUGGCCUUCCCGAUCUUGUACAAGUUCACACAUCGAGACAGCUUCGUGCGCUUCGACAUUUUGGUCUUCACCAUGCAGUUCGGGCAGCUCUGGGACUUCGCGGACGGCGGUGCCGAGACCUCCUCCGGCUGGCGCUAUAGCCCUUUCUCACCUCAGAGUGUUGAGUUUGGCAAGCUGAUGACUUUCACCAUGCCAGCUCAACCUCUGGAAGAUCACUAUGGGCCCGACUGGUAUGUGCCAAAGGUGUACAACUAUGUGCAGAGCUUGACGCGGUGCAAGAACCGAUGUCAGGUCUUAAGGGUGCAUCCCUUCGACGCGCGGAUGCGGCGCACGGAGCUGCCGGCGGCGAUGCCUUGGGAAGACUUCAAGCCUUUGAUCCGCCAAUAUCGCAUGCUCUAUGCCAAAUCCAUGGCUGAUUCGGAGCAUGAGUUCCCAGAGAAGAAGCUGGACCUUUACAAGUUGGAAUCAAAACCAGUGGUCCUAUUUCAGGCAGCAAAUAUGUGCAAAGACGAAGGGAACGUGCGCAUGAAAGAUGGGAAGCAUAGUGCAGCUCUGGCGAAGUACGAAGAAGGCCUCUACAUCAUCGACAAGUGCAGAGAGGUUCUCCUCACCUGGCGCUUGAUCUUCCGGCAGAUUCACGAGGAGAAGGCGGAGAAGGACCGCAAGGGCCGAGGCCUCAAGGUUGCUGACCUGCUCGAGCCUGAUAUGCCUCGUGAGUUUCGCUCCGACGAAGACGAAGAGCGCUCCUGUCGUUUGGCGCUGCUGCUGAACGCCGCGCAGGCCGCCCUCCGGUGUGACAGCUGUGCAGCGGCGAUUGCACACGCGACUGCAACAUUGGAGUUGGAGUCGCACCAUCAGAAAGCCCUCUACCGCCGUGCUUUGGCUCGGAAGUCUUCCGGUGACCUCGAGGGGGCCCAAGCGGACUUCUGGACUUUGCUGAAAGUCUCCAACUUCGACAGCAAGGAAUCCCUCAGCCAGCUGAUGCAGAUGAUGUCGAAGGAGGAGGUGCAAAAGCAGUUCAAGCGACUGAAAAAGGAAGUGGAAAAGGAAGAAAAGAUCGGCUCGAUGCUCAAGGAGAUGGACGAAGAUGAACGGAUUGCUCUACAAGAUGAGCGAUACCAACGGUUCCUGGGCGACUGCGAGCAGCGCACCGUCGAUGGGCAGCGUGAGAUCAGCUUCGACGAGUGGGUGAAGCAGUACGAAUGGAGAUACGAUGCCGAUGAACGCCUCAAGGCGCGCAAGGAUUUCCCGGAAUGCUUCAGCCAUUCUGGACCUGCUCCGCUACCUGUGGAAGAGUGGGAGGUGGACUAUUUGACACAUAAGGAGAUCGAGAAGAUCAUGUACCGGCGGCAGACGGAAGCCUUAGCUGCUCGGAGAAGGAAAGAUGAGAAGAAGGAGGCCAUUGUGGUGGAAGAGGACAAGUUUCGAAGCAAGCUCUACGUGGAUGCCGAGGAUGAGAAAAUCCUCAAGGAUGCUGUCAUCAAGAGAGGCUACAACUACUGGUGGUAG